UUAAAAAGUCCCUUCGGUCCGCAGCUUUGUGUACAGUCUGCUUGUGUACCUUCACUUGCAAAUUCAAGAUGAGGUUGGCAUUUGCCGCCCUGCCGGGUCUCUUUCUCGUGCUGGCAUUCCCUGGGGAAGGAACGGGUGUGGAACUUCCUGAUCCGCCGGCCGUGGACUGCGUGUGGAGCCGCUGGUCCGAGUGGAGCGCUUGCGAUUCGUGCGCGUUAACCAGAAGGCGUUCUCGGAGCGCCGUGGUGUUCGGCCAGUUUGGCGGCGAGUCCUGCCAGGGUUCCAUCGGCGAGCGGGAGUCCUGCGUAAGCGACGCCGCGUGUCAACAACCUCCGCGUGCCGCCUGCUCAGACGCGCAGUUCCAGUGCGAGUCAGGUUCUUGCAUCAGUAAGAGGCUCAUGUGCAACGGGGACUACGACUGCGAGGACGGAUCCGACGAGGACUGCGAACCCGGCCGCCACCCGUGUAUCUCCGCUGUGCUGGAAAACAACGAGCAAGGAAGGACGGCAGGAUACGGAAUCAACAUUUUGGGGGCGGAUCCUCGCAUGAACCCCUUCAACAAUGAUUACUUCAACGGCCAAUGCAAUCGAGUGAAGAAUCCGUACACGGCAAAGUACGACAGGCUCCCGUGGAACGUCGGCGUGCUGAAUUAUCAGACGCUGGUGGAAGAAACGGUCUCCAGGGAAAUCUACGAGGACACGCACAGCCUGCUGAAGGAGAUUCUCGGCGAGAUGAGCAGGAAGGUGGACGCCGGACUUUCCUUCAAGUUCAACCCUAGCGAGGAGUCCAUGUCGGGCGCACCGGCCAGCGUGGGCUUAGAGUAUCAGUAUGAGAAGAAAGCCAUGAUCAAGGAGGUGUCCGAGUACUCCAACAUCCGGAACAAGAGCUUCAUGAGGGUCAAGGGGAGGAUCCAGAUGAGCACCUACAGGCUUCGUUCCCGUGAGCUCCAACUGGCCGACGAGUUCCUGGCGCACGUGCGCUCUUUGCCUUUGCAAUACGACAAGGGCGUCUACUUCGCCUUCCUGGAGGACUACGGAACGCACUACACCCAAAACGGAAAGACUGGCGGAGAAUAUGAGCUCAUCUAUGUUCUCAACCAGGACGCCAUCAAGGCUAAAAAUCUAACGGAGAGAAAAGUUCAAGAAUGCGUCAAAUUGGGCAUCUCGGCGGACUUUAACGCAGAGAAAGUUGAGGAUGGGAAGGUUCACUACAAAGAAGACAAGUGUAAUGACGUAUCCACGAAAGGUCAAGCCGAGAUCGCGGGCAAAGCCGUGGUGGACAAGGUGAUGACAUCCGUGAAAGGAGGCACCCUCGCUAGUGCGGUGACCAUGAGGGCCAAACUGAACAAGGACGGGCUGAUGGACAUCGACACCUAUCAGACGUGGGCUCGCACCAUCGCCGACGCUCCUGCGCUGCUCAACAGCGAGCCGCGGCCCAUCGAUACGCUGGUUCCCUUGCACAUGGCCGACGCCAACGUGAGGAUCGCCAACAUCAAGCGGGCCGCGGCGGACUACGUGGCCGAGUACAGCGUGUGCAAGUGUAAACCGUGCCACAACGGCGGCACCGUCACACUCAUGGAUGGAAAGUGCUUGUGUCUGUGCCCGCACCUCUUCGAGGGAAUGGCUUGCCAGAACUUCAAAGGUGACAAAGCCAAGCACACAGGCGAACGGCCUGAAGUCUCCCAAGAAGGCAACUGGUCCUGUUGGUCCGGCUGGUCCGAAUGCAGCGGGGGCAAACGGACCAGGACACGAAGCUGCAACGUCGACGGGCUGCUCGAUGCCCGCUGCAAGGGUGACACCAGCAAUGAAGAGUACUGCUGAGGAGCAUACACUGCCGCCUCGUGGUCGCUCAUGGAAUCGACAUACAUUUGCCGUUGCGUGGAAAUAUUUUUUCUUUUUCUAUCGGCGGCUUUUCCUCCCUUUUCAAUUUUUCUUUAAUAUUUAAUGCAAAGCAAUUAUUCAAUAGCUACAUCAAUGUGUGUAAAUAAACUUGGUUCGAGUCA